AUGCCUAUCGAAGUUAUCGUUGCUGGUCUACCACGAACGGGAACAACAUCAACGCGAAUGGCUCUUGAACAAUUAGGUUUUGUAAAAGUAAUGCAUAUGAAUCCUGACACUGCUGAUCCACAAGUAAUAGCAGCCUGGCGAGAAGUCUAUGCAAAUCAUUUCGAGAAAACAUGGACCAGUCAAGAUUGGCGACAUUUUUUUGAUAAACGUUUCCCAGAAUAUGUGGCUGGUGUCGAUUCUCCGUUUGCUGAUUUCGCAGUUGAAAUUGCUCAAGCCUAUCCUAAUGCGAAGGUGAUCUUGCAAUACCGCGAUCCUGAAAAGUGGUUCAUAUCUUUACAACUUCUAAUGAAACAUAUAUGCUUUUCGCGUUGGGAUACUUUAUGUAUAUGGCCUCUCGACGACUUCUAUGCAUAUCAUCAAUAUAUGAAACCACGUUUAGCUUGGUGGCAAAAUGUAUACAAUUAUCCGAAUGCAGGCAAACAUAUGAUGUCAUCGUAUAUAGACAAGAUUAAAUCAUCAAUUGCACCGGAACGAAUUCUCAUUUAUAAAGUAGAAGAUGGAUGA